UGUUACUAUAUAUAUUAAUUAAUUCGAAUUUUAGUCUGUGGUAAUUGUACCACAAAACUUUUGUUUUCUUACUGAAUUUAAAAACUUUUACUUAUUUAAUUUUCACCUUUUCGUCAUACGAUUAUGGCACGUUAUUUUAAAGAGCAAGAUAUCGACGAGUUCAGAGAAUGUUUCUACUUGUUUGCGAGGUCCGGCCAGAUAACCUCACUGGAUGAGCUGACAGUUGUGAUGAGAUCCCUCGGCAUGAGCCCUACUAUACAGGAGUUGACUGGUUACCUAAAAGGAAAGGGUGGCAAAAUGUCAUUCGCAGAUUUCCUAGAAGUCAUGCACAUACAUUCACGUGCCGAAAACUUGCCUCACGAAGUAGUGAACGCCUUCAAAGCAGGCGAUGCUGAAAAGAGGGGCAUCAUCCCAGCCAAGCAGCUACGGAUCCUGCUGCAGAAUUGGGGAGAGGGACUGUCUUCUCGUGAGAUCGAUAAUAUAUUUCGUGAGGCGAACGUCUCGACCAAUGGCACUGUCCGCUAUGAAGACUUCGUCAAAAUAGCUUGUGCGCCGGUUCCUGACUACUAUUAAUAAUCCCGUAUAAUUAAUAGUUUUCAGUAGCUUUAGUACGAGUUUCGUAUGCUUACAAUCGAGGAGUCGUUUUUGAAAAUCAAACUCGAAAGUAAAAUCGCCUUAAUCGGAGGCCUAGUGAUUCAGGAGAUUCCUAGAAAAAAAAAACAUUUCACGAACUCUUAAUUGUGAUGUUUAACUACCUUAGGCGCCGUUUAAAGUUACGACGCCGAUUUGGCGGAUUGUAAAGUUUGGGGGGCUCGUAAACUGACAAUUGAGAGAUGGAAAAAUUAUAAAAUCGGUUUUUUUGAAUGACCUCAAAUCCAUACUAAAAAUGGAAAAUAUGAAAAUACAAACACAAAAUACUACACUUUGUGCAAGAACCAUAGACAAGUUUGGUUUUUUUAUUGGUGAAAGGUAAAUGUAUGCCUAGGAAACUUGUUUGAUUAGCAAUGCCAUGUCCAUCGUUUUAUUUUACAAACUUUCUGCCAAAACCCCUAAGGUAUUUUAAACAAAUUUGAGCAUUAACGCGAUAUAAAUAAGAUCCACUCUUCUCGGAUGAUCAAGAAUAGCGUUUAUCGAAAAUGACUCCUCGAUUGCGUGCGAGCAAAUCUUGUGCUAAGGUUCCAGUACUACAUUCCAGUAUUCUAUAUACAGGUGGUCUGGUUAUAAUAACCGUUUAUACAUUUCAAUUAACAGUGCCCGUAAACAAAACCAGCUAUACAAGGUUUAGUAAAAAAUACCAGAAAGCUCUCGGCCUUGUAUUUCCUAUCAUUAAAAUUAACAACUUUUAUUCUAAUACUUUUCGAAAUUCAGUAUUAAUUUAAUUCAUACAAAAAAAAACAUGUUAUUCCUGUAAAGUGACAUUACACUGUGGAACCCAAAACGUGGAUUGGACAACGUCGCGUAGUCGGGUCAGUGACCGCACGAUAGAGUCGUGGUUCGCGCGCUGUUGCCGAUGUUACAUUACAGAGUAGUUACAAGUAGAGUAACUGUAAAAUAUUCAAUAUUGAAUAGUUAACAAACUAUCGAGUUAAAAAAAAGUCGUAGAGCAAAAGUCGUUUGUUUUACUGUAAACAACUAAAGGCCGAGAGAUUUUUAGUAUUCAUUAUUGUGUAUCCGUACAAAAAUGUAUUUAAAAAAAAAACUAAAAUUAUUAUUGGCAUAAGAUUAAUUAUAUUUUUGUAUUAAUAGUUAUUACUAAAUUAUUUUAAUUUAUAUUAUCAUCAUCUCAACUACGGGACUUCUGCUAGACGUUGAUUUCAACUCGCUAUAGUGUCGCUUGUAUCCAGCGACUCCCUGCGACACGUUUUACGUCGUCUGUCCACUCGUAGGUCUAGCAUACGCGCCCCGAGAAAAUAAUCACUACCCGUUUCUCAUCUUAUUUGUAUAGAGAUUGAAGAGAUAAUUUGUCGACAUUUCUCUCGGUGCGCAUGCUAGCCCUACUUGUCUACCAUCACUGCGCUGUCAAGUGCAGCGUCACUCCAACACCUUGGGACCACAACGUCCAUUAGUAAAUCGAUGUGUACAUUAAGAAUUAUUUUGGCGGAAUAUAAAAAUAAAAAACGUUGUUAUCAU